CGCUCAAUCAAACGAUUCGAAAUUUUCCUAGCGUCAAAACCGCAAAAUCUUGCGGAAGCCAUUUUUAAACUGCCCGCUUACCUAUACAGUAUAUAACGCGUGAUACACAUGUAUAAAAAGGGAACAUGGAUAACAUACAUAUUUUGCUCUCGAGAUAGUAAUUUCGAACGCGAAUUUCGAGCUCGAACGGGAUUGCGAUUGUUAAAGAAACGAGGAUAGGUGACGUUUGUCAACGCGCAGUAGACGAGCCAAGACUCGAUUUUUCACGAACGGACGGUGUUGGAGCGAAUACGCUUCUUUCCCGUAAAAUUAAUAUAAUGUAACAGAGAACGAACUGUCAACAUCCCAAAAGCAGAGAGUAUGCCUUCGAGCCGUCGUCUCGUGUCUUCUACGGGAGUUGGAGCAUGCGGUGCUGCGAACGAUUGAGAGGAUUAACGAGAGAAUCAUCUCACGGAUCUAGCAUAGAUCUCGGUAACAAUUGAAGAGACAUACCUAUGAGGAGAGAUCGUGAUGAGAGACUGAACGAGAUGAUGUCGGUUCUACCAUGCUUCGAGAGGACGGAUGCAGCGAUCGUGUCUCUCGUAUGUUAAGUUUCCAUAAUAAUGGCAGAUAAUGUGCACAGAAAAUCGCACAAGCUGUCGGAUGGUAGUAGCAGCAGGAAGGUAUCGAACCCGGUUCACCGCACCACCACGGAGACGAUCCGUCUGGGUGAGGUGGACAGGCUGCAUCAGCAGCAGGUUACCCUGAUCGCCCCGGGCAACGUGCAAGCGGGAACGAUCGGCGGGAGUCAGUGCAAUCGGAAGAAAACGUCGUCCUUUCAGAUCACCAGCGUCACCGUAGGCUGCCGCAUGAGCAAUGACGCCGGCGAGGAUUCCAACGACGACCUGGACGAGUCGCACACGGAGGACAAUUCCGUGGAGCACUCGCGCAUCACCGACCUCGACAUCGAGACGCCGAGCUACUCCGAGGACACGUUCUCCAAGGAGGACGUCUUCUUCAACACGAGCCACGCCGCCCUCAGCACGGCACCGGUGAUCCCCACCAGCUCGCAAUACGGCCUGGCGAUCGUACCCUCCGAGGGUAGCAACGUCAGUAAUUCGGUUAACGAUAGCAAUAUCAAUACUCUGGAUAUAACAUCUGUCACUGACAACAACAUAAUCAAUCUACUGUCGAGUAAUGUUAAGCAGGACUCUGAUCUGCGAGAAGUUCACUCCCAUGGUAGGAACGAGAGAUUCAAAGUGGUCAAGAUUGAAAGUACGGAGCCGUUCAAGAGAGGACGGUGGACCUGCAUGGAUUACUUGGAUCAUACGUCUGUCAAUCAACCGACAGCUAUCGGUACUCCCAAGGUGUCCGAUCCAAACGAGGUGUGCAUAUCUUAUGGAGUGACCGAUAGCGGAGUUGUUGUCCCGGACGCUGCGAAACAAUCCGUAGUGACCGACGAUAAAGGAAUUAAUAUUGACACUAAUGGACCGGUAUCGUCUCACCCGGACAAAGUGCAUUCAUCGAUCGCUGUUUCGAGUAAUCCUGCACAAUCGGUUUCGAGUGCAAAUUAUGCAGUAAAUAAUUCAAUACCUCCCAAUGUACAGCAUAAUCCUACGCAAACCCAAGCUAAAGUGCAGCAGCCGCCUACGCAACAGAUCCCGCAAUAUUUUCAAUCUCAAACUCAACCGAUAGUCACUCAGCAACAGCAACAGCAACCUCCGCAAGGGGGUCAAGGAUCUACGUUACCCUCCAAUUUGCAAGCCACUCAUCCUAACAAUUUAGGGCAGCCUCAGAGUAUGCCCCAAGGUUCUAUUCCUAUCAUAACUCAAACUAGUAAUAGCACAGUGACAUCACAGCAAAACAUUCCUCAUUCAAAUGAGGAAACAUAUGUGACGGUGAGCACGCAAAAUCAAUCCUUACCAGUGCAGAAUAUUUGUCAGCCGGUGCAGCAAACUUCAGUCUCGACCUCUCAGACACCGAAUAUUCUCGUAACGCAGCAUCAAUCGGACGCAGCUUCCUGUCAGCAACCUUUGCAAACGCAAAACCCGCAGAUGACCCAAAUUUCCGAGCCACUAACUGCCAUACAGGGGAUGCAAGGCAUGCAAAAUAUUCAUAAAGUUCCUCAGACGACGCAGCAAACCUCGUCGACGAUUCAUCCCUCUGGAGCGUCGGUGCAAUCUCAAGUGAUCGCAUCUUCGACUCAGCAGAUACAACCGCAGACAUCUAAUAGUACUGCCCCGGUGCAAAUUACACAAGUUACAACUGGUUGUCAAAAUGUCGUGAGUGGACUGCAGCAAGGAAACAUUACAUUUCAUCAAUCUGAUCCCGAACAAGAAUCUAUCUCUGGUAUAGUUGCUAAUGCUGCUACCAUACAGUCGGCCGACGCAACUCUUCUGGAAUCAUCAUUGGCUGAGGUGACACAAGGCAGCGAUGAGCAUCGUACUCUCGAAGAUAAUGAAAGUAUGUCGGGGACAAGCGCUGUGGCAAUUGAUAACAAGAUUGAACAAGCUAUGGAUCUGGUUAAAAGUCAUUUAAUGUUCGCGGUACGAGAAGAAGUAGAAGUACUAAAAGAAAAGAUAGCUGAGCUUAUGGAUCGUAUCAAUCAAUUAGAAGCAGAAAAUUCAAUAUUAAAAGCGCAUGCAACUCCAGAAACAUUGGCUCAAUUAAGCCAAUCGACAGCGAAAUUACCCCAAAACAGUUCAGGAAGUGGUCAAUAGUUUACCAUAUAGGAAAAAUAUAUUUAAAACUAUACAAAAAAACUUGAAUUUUUUUCUUUUUUAAAAUAAUAAAUCAUUUCGAAAAUAUAUAUUGUUAUAAUUCUGGAAAAAGUAAAAAACAUAUACAUGUAUAUGCCAAGACUAAGCAGUGUUAGAGUGACAGAGUUUACAUUAUUUUAUAUUAGAAACACGAUUUCCAAUGCUAAAAAGUAAUUAUGUUUACAAAAAAAGUAACAGUACAGCAGAAUAGGCAGCUUGACAUUCCUAGAUUACUUUUCUUAUUGUUUUAAUUUAAAAUGUUUAGUUAAUUUAAAUUACGAAUUUUCAAUUAUGAAUACACAUACAUGCGCACGCGUAUAUGUGUACACUCACACACACACACACACACACACACACACACACACAGUGUAAUUAGCAAGAUAAACAAAGAGAUUAAUGUUUAAUAAUAUUUUUGAGGUAUUACAUAUAUACUAUAUUACAAUUUACUUAUUAAUAAUUCUUUAGCUUCUGUAUUGAGACUGAAAUACAUAUUGUUCGGAAAUUUUGCCAUACUGUUGAAUAUUAAAUUUCACGUUUUAUAAUCUGAUAUUCAUACAUAGUCUUUUAAGUUUUAUAUAUAUACAUAAUGUGUGUGUGUGAUAUAUAUCAUGUCAUAUAUCACUAUUAUUCAAGAAACUGGCUAUUGAUAUACAUAAAAAAUCCUGUUUAUCAAAAAAAACUUUGUCAUUAUUUUAUGUUACAUUUUAAAAAUGCGUAAUAAAAACAUUUUUACC